AUGAAGCUGAUCGCAGGAUUGAUCCCGCUUUUGACAGCAAGUGACAAGGAAUUUAUCAAAUGCUACGAGUGCUUUCACCAGCUGUUUGAGAGCGGAAUGGAGGUCGGAUCGGCUGAUUGUUUGAAUCCCGAUGAAAACACAAAAGUGUCCGAAAAGUUGCGAUACAAGACGCACACCAGCCAAAGUACUGGAAAAGUCUACACUUUGCGAACCGAUUGUCAAGCAGUCAAAGGAACUGGUUACGAAGAAGUGAUUCUGCCAAACGGAGAGCCGGGAUGGAAUCACUUUACAUUCGUCGAGCGAGGGCAUUUUGAGUAUCUCCAGGGCGCGCCAGGAUACGAUUACGAGGGAAAAGUCGACGGAGCUCUUCACACUCUUGAGCUUCAUUCUUGCGGUUCUGACGUUGAUGAAUGCUCCAAAAUGGUGACUUUUCCGAUCCAAGAGCCAGAAUCAUUCGAUUUUGCCGCGCCACCAACCCCUUCUGAUCCCCAUGGUCAGCCUUGUUACAAAUGCGAAGGAUGGUCACACUUUGAAGAAGAUUCUCAACAAUGGGUUCCCAGCGAAGAUUUCCGAUUUUGCGAAGCUGCAACAAAUAUGCAAAACAAUAUCACCGACUGCUGGGGAACUUGCGAAGUUUCUCGACAAUCAUUUGCAUACAAAGGCCAAGAAAUGAGCCGAGAAGUUCAUCGAUUCUGCAACAAUGGAACUGAAGGAAGCAACACUCAGAAAAACACACAUUUGAACGAAUUCCACCACCAGAAGGCGGACGCGAGCAUUAUGUGCCAAUACGACUUGUGCAACGAGGAUUUCCUGCCAGGUGGAUUUUCUGUCACUCAAAUUUCUGCGACUCUUCUUGUCGUGAUGAUUGGCUUGUUUUACAAUUAA